UGCGCUCGAGCAGGCUCCGCGCGCCCCGGGCUGGGCGGAAGCGGCUUUCUGGCCUGCGCUUUAUAGGCCUCUCUUGUGCUUCCUGUUUCCUCUUUCACUCAGGACCCGCCAACAUGGGCCGCGUCCGCACCAAAACCGUGAAGAAGGCGGCCCGGGUCAUCAUCGAGAAGUACUACACCCGCCUGGGCAACGACUUCCACACCAACAAGCGCGUGUGCGAGGAGAUCGCCAUCAUCCCCAGCAAGAAGCUGCGCAACAAGAUCGCGGGCUAUGUCACGCACCUGAUGAAGCGGAUUCAGAGGGGCCCGGUGAGAGGCAUCUCCAUCAAGCUGCAGGAGGAGGAGCGGGAGCGGAGAGACAACUACGUGCCCGAGGUCUCAGCCCUGGAUCAGGAGAUCAUUGAAGUAGAUCCUGACACUAAGGAAAUGCUGAAGCUUCUGGACUUCGGCAGCCUGUCCAACCUGCAGGUCACGCAGCCCACAGUGGGGAUGAACUUCAAAACGCCGCGUGGAGCCGUGUGAGCCUUUCUGCUUUGCUGUCGUAUUUUCAAUAAACUUGGGACAACCA